UAAAUCUGCCACUAUUCCGUGCUGCGGGGACACCAUGGCUCCAGAGGAUGACGCCGGAGGGGAGGCCCUUGGAGGCAGCUUCUGGGAGGCUGGCAACUACCGGCGGACAGUGCAGCGGAUAGAGGAUGGGCAUCGGCUAUGUGGAGACCUAGUCAGCUGCUUCCAGGAGCGCGCUCGCAUUGAGAAGGCCUAUGCCCAGCAGCUGGCCGACUGGGCCCGCAAGUGGAGGGGCGCCGUGGAGAAGGGCCCCCAGUAUGGAACUCUGGAGAAGGCCUGGCAUGCAUUCUUCACGGCGGCCGAGCGUCUGAGCGAGCUGCACCUGGAGGUGCGGGAGAAGCUGCAGGGGCCCGACAGUGACCGGGUGCGCACCUGGCAGCGGGGGGCCUACCACCGGCCUGUGCUGGGGGGCUUCCGUGAGAGCCGCACCGCCGAGGACAGCUUCCGCAAGGCCCAGAAGCCCUGGCUCAAGCGGCUGAAGGAGGUUGAGGCUUCCAAGAAGAGCUACCACGCGGCCCGGAAGGACGAGAAGACCGCCCAGACCCGAGAGAACCACUCGAAGGCCGACAGCGCAGUCUCGCAGGAGCAGCUUCGGAAGCUGCAGGAGCGUGUGGAGCGCUGUGCCAAGGAGGCUGAGAAGAUGAAAACCCAGUAUGAGCAGACACUGGCCGAAUUGCACCGCUACACCCCACGCUACAUGGAGGACAUGGAGCAGGCUUUUGAGGCCUGCCAGGCUGCCGAGCGUCAGCGGCUGGUCUUCUUCAAGGACGUUCUGCUCACGCUACACCAGCACCUGGACCUCUCUAGCAGUGAGAGGUUCCAAGAGCUUUAUCGCAACCUGCGCCAGGGCCUUGAGGCGGCCAGCGAUGAAGAGGACCUGCGCUGGUGGCGUAGCACCCAUGGGCCGGGCAUGGCCAUGAACUGGCCGCAGUUUGAGGAGUGGUCCCUGGACACACAGAGGAUGAUCACCCGGAAGGAGAAAGGGGGCCGGAGCCCUGAUGAGGUUACCCUGACCAGCAUCAUGCCCACAAGAGAUGGCGCUGCACCCCCACCCCAGUCCCCAGGGUCCCCAGGCAGUAGGCAGGAUGAGGACUGGUCAGAUGAAGAGAGUUCCCGGAAGACCACCACUGGAGUACGAGUGAGGGCACUCUACGAUUACGCCGGCCAGGAAGCUGAUGAGCUGAGCUUCCGAGCAGGGGAAGAGCUACUGAAGAUGAGCGAGGAGGAUGAGCAAGGCUGGUGCCAGGGCCAGCUGCAGAGUGGCCGCAUCGGCUUGUACCCUGCCAACUACGUGGAGUGUGUGGGGGCUUGA